AUGCAAAUCCGGAAGCAGUUCCGACAGGCGGUGAAAACGCAGACGCGCCAAUACAAAUUAUUGCAAUCGCAGCUGACUCAGCAGUUGUCGAAAGAAGAACAGCGGGACGUGCUGACGCGUUUGAAAGAGGAACAGAAGCGCAAGCUGGCGCUUUUGGCAGAACAGUACGAAAAUUCGAUAGGCGACAUGAUGGAGAAACAGACGGUGAAGUUGGAAACAUGGCAAGAAGAGGAAGAGCGCCAAAUGAAAAACACCUUAUCUCAGGAACUGGAGUUGCUAAUGGCAUUCCAGAGUAAACAGAGGAUUCAGAUGGAACAGCAGAACGAGCGCGAAAGGCUGCGUCUCGAAGAGAAGGUUUCCCUGCGAUGUGCUGCGCUGGAACAGAAGAUUGAAGAAGAAGAGGCUCGGUUCGAGAAGGAACGACAAGAAAGGAUUAAGCAGCUGCAGAAUCGACAAAAACAAGAGGCGGAAUCUUUCGACGAAGAGAGUGUCAGAAUGGGCUUUUCCCUUGUGGCUCUUUCGUCUCCUUUGAACGCUUCUCAAAUAGACGCUUCUGACGGUGAGGACCUGUCGCUGAACAAUUCAUUUUCAUAA